ACGUGUCGGACGGUGCAACGAUGUCUUUACAAAAAACGUGGGAACCAAGGGGAGGAGGGGGUCAUGACAAGCGUUAUUGCCGUAGCCCCCCGUACGCCAAAAAGAAAGACAACCGCUACAAGAAAAAAAACACCCAAAGAGAAGGCAUGUCGGACGGUGCAAACAACGUCUUUACAAUAAAACUUGGGCACAAGGGGACAGAGGGGGAGAGGGCAUGACAAGCAUGGCUGCCACAGCCCAUACGCAAAAUUAAACAGAAUCGUUUACAAAAAAACUCAACACUCAAAGAGAAGACAUUGUCGGAUGGUGCAACAAAGUCUUUACAAAAAACGUGGGAACCAAGGGGAGGAGGGGGGCAUGACAAGCCGUUACUGCCGUAGCCCGUACGCCAAAGAAAAAACACAACCGCUACAAGAAAACAAAAAAAAGAAAAAGAAGGCAUGUCGGACGGUGCAAGCAACGUCUUAACAAUAAUACUUGGGCACAAGGGGACUGAGGGGGAGAGGGCAUGACAAGUAUGGCUGCCAUAGCCCAUACACAAAAACACACACACACACACUCUCUCUCUAAAUUCUCACGUGUCCAGCCACGCUAGCAACGGGACGUGCCGCUUUCGCACCAACACCACCACUCUUCCGCGUUCCGGUGAAUCCCGGGAGGGAGGACAGUGUUGCAGACCGUGUUGCGCCCAAGACAACGGGGGCAACUACCGCAGCAGAGGAAGUAGGCGUUGCCGUAGCGGGCGAUGACGAGACGGGCGUAGGGCUGGAAGCUAUCCCCGCCGCGGACACGGGUGUAGCCGCUGCGGGCGAGGACGACAUGGGGGCUGGGCUGCCUCCUACCCCGGCCGUAGAUGCAAGUGUUGCCGCAGCAGGCGGAGUAGACUCGGACGUACGGAGUGCAGCUCCUGGACCGGUUGGUGUCGCCGCCGAGAUGGGUUUGGCCAAGAAGUUGCUGUCGGGCUGCUCGCACGCGGCCAUCAUUGCGGCUCGCAGUUCCAUCUUUUUUUGUUCGGAUGGUGCAUACUCCAUCAUCCCCUUGAAGUCUGCACUUUUCGCCUUUUUGGCCUCUCGAGCGUCCGCCAAGCGAGCCCUGCCUGCGGCCUUAUCAUCCAAAGACUGCCUCGACGCAACAGCCGCCGACAGAGCUUCCACGGCCGUCACCAGCUUGGCUGUGUUAGUCUC